CUGGUGCGGCGACUAUUUGCAGACAUUUGCAGUGCAGUGCGGUGGCGCCCCGCGGGAACUGAAAGAACCAUGGCUACGGAGCUCGAGGAGCUUAUAGGCUUCCUGUCUUCUCCGUCACCUCAAAUAACGAAGGUUGCUGUUGAUAUAGUUCGUGGACUAACUGGCUCUGAUGAUGGCUUGCAAUCCUUGGCCAAAUAUGCAAAGACAGUGCUACCAUCAUUAUCUCAACUCCUAGCUGGUCCGAAGGAGGUUUCUGAACCUGCAGCUGAAGCCCUUGUUAAUCUAUCUCAAAACUCAAAUCUAGCAGCCGAGAUGGUUCAUUUGGGAAUGAUCAAAACUGCAAUGGAUGUUUUAUGCAAGCCAGAGUGUACCAUUACACGCUUGCUUGUCAUGCUUUUGGUGAAUCUUACGCAACUGGAUGCUGGCAGCACUUACUUGCUCCAGACUGAUGAUGAUAAGAUGCAUGGACUAUAUGUGAUGAAGCUUGUCAGAUCAUUUUGUAGAACUACCCAUGAAGGUCAUGAUGGUCCUUUUGAGCAUGUUGGGUCAAUACUUGUUAAUAUCUCAAAGCAGCAAGCAGGAAGGAAGCUUCUGCUUGAUCCAAGGAGGGGGCUCUUGAAGCAGAUAAUUAGACAAUUUGACUCAAACAGCUCAUUGAGAAAGAAAGGGGAAGUGGCAAGUCAAUUGGAGAGGCUGCUACGUCAUUUUGAUAUGUCAAUGGUCCGAUGCUCUGUAUUUGGGACUUUACGCAACUGUUGUUUUGAAGCUGAAAAUCAACUACAGAAUUUGCUUUUGAUAUCUGAGUUUCUCUGGCCAGCAUUACUGCUUCCAGUUGCUGGCCAUAAGUUAUACAGUGAGCAAGACACAUCAAAAAUGCCACUUGAACUUGGUACUGCACUCUCAAUUGAGCGCGAACCAGUUACUGAUGCUGAUAUUCGUAUUCAAGCAUUGGAAGCCAUAUACUUGAUUGUAUUGCAGGUAAAUUUAAAAAAGAAAGAAAGAAAGAAAGAAACAUGUCUCCAAAUCUAUGCUUGAACACUAUUGGUACUGAACAGAUUUGAAUCUUUGUACCCUGUCCAUUUGAAAGUAGGAAGGAAAAAUCUUUUGCUGUACCCUCUUUUGCUGUAACAGGUGAAUAUUUGAUGUAGAACGGGAGGGGGAAGGGGGAAGAGAGAGAGAGAGAGAGAGAGAAGAGAAGGGACGAGAGGAGGGAGCGACAAAAAGAGAGGAGGUAGAAACCAGACGGAUAGAGGGUGAAGAAAAGAAACUCGAGGGAGAGAGGGAAUACUCAAAUUUUAAUGUUAUUCAAUUCAUAAUCAAAGGCCUACAGAAUAAGAAAUGUUAAGGCCUACUUAUAAAGCCUUAAUCCUAACCCUAGAAUUAAUUGCAAAUUUUCUAGAAUAAUCUAAAAAUCUAAAAAAUUACAUUUUAUUGGAAAGAUUACUGAAAUAAAGGAAAGAUAACAGAUAUUUUCCGAAUCUUGAAUUUUCUUCAAAUCUCCCAUUAAUUGCCAAUCUUCAAAUAUUAUUCUUCUUUCUUUUCUUCAUUUCAUCAAUAUUUCUAUCAUAUGUUUAGAGCUAGUAUGUUAUUGAACCUAAGUAUUUUGUAUAAUUCAUCAUGAAAAAAUGUCUCUUCCUUCCUCUUGGUCAGGGUUGAGUGAGGGGAUUUAGAAGUUGUAUGUUAAACAGUUUGCAUAGCUGUAGAUGAUCCUAGAGAAGCCAUUCAAAAGCAAAAUGGAAGUAGAGAACUAGAGAUAUCAGAUACAUCGUGCAUUGCCCCACAGCAUAGUAAUAGAGGAGAGAGAUAGAGUUUCUAAAGCUACUGUGAGGUUGCGUAAAAUUAAGAUGUCGAAGACAACCCUGAUAGCAAUCCUUUUAAAACUCUCAUAUUUGAUUAUUAUUAAUAAUUAUCCAUUUUUAACUUAGCACUGUCAUAGGAAACCCACUUAGUA